CUCUGCAGUGGGUCAAAAAACCUUUACUGUCCAGCCGUUACCGAGGAGUUUGCAAGAAAUCCUCCAUGGACCUCUGGAAGGUUAGGGUGCCAACCAGGCCGCCGGCUCACCUCUGUGCCUGUGCCCUGCUGGGGAGAGUAGCCCAGAGUGUUGCAGUCACGCCUGGUGACCAAAAGGACGCAGAAUGCACUUCACUCUUGCCAAACCUUAAGCACACAGUGUCAGAGCUGUUGUAUGGACUGCAGUGGUGUAAGGAGGUAGAGUACACCCCCGCCUACAGCAGCCUGCUGACUGACUCAGGGCUGCUAGAAGGACUCCAGAAACAGGUUCCUAUGAAAGACCUGCUGGGGACUCUCUACUCAAGGUCAUUGGAGGAUGGAGGUCUUUGGUCUCUGACUCUAGAAAACUACAUCCACACCAACAACUUGGCAGCCACUGGCAAUGCGUCUGUGAGGAAGCUUUACGGCACCGCAGACAGUUUGUUCCCAGUGUGUCAAAGCAAACUGAGUACGCUCCAGGUACUCUGCCCCGCCAUGAUCAACGAAGACAGAGAGACUCUCGUUGCUCUGGCAACUGCUGGAAUAAUCAACUGGCAAGACAAUGACGAUGUGUAUGGGUGUCUGGCGGUGCUGCUGUGCUGUCUUAAAGCCAACACCCAAGUGGAGGGAGAGGUGGUGCAGGCUGUCCUGGCCUCUGUGAUGGAGUGGAGGACCGGCAAGGAGGACUGGUUCCUCUUUAGCAGUGACCUGUCCAAAGCAACUGCAGAACAGCUGAACCUCGCUGUGGAGAUAAUGCGUUUCUCUACCUGGAUGGUGACUCAUUGUCCGACGGUUCUCGGGGGCAACCAGUGGGACUUCGUGCUCUGCUCUAUGUUAGCCUGGUUGGAGACUGCCAGCGAGAAUGUGAGCAGCCUCUGGAACCCGUGGGUGCAGCUGUUUGUGUGCGAGUCAGCUGCAUUGAUAGUGGGGCUGAAUGAGUUCUUCUCAUCAUCAUCAUCGCCCGAAGUAGCGGAGAAGCUGCCGUCCGCACUGGCCGCUGAAUGGAGAGACUUCUUCGUAGAAGGAAUCUACAACCUGCUACUUCCUCUCCCCAUCAACAUCACAGAAGCCUUCCCUGAACCAGAUGACCCUGUGUUCCCAUUGUCGGUGGUGCAGUCGGUCGGCGUGGCUCUGACACAUGUGCCUCUGCAUCAGCUCAAAAACAACUCCCUGCCUCCACGGUUCAUAGCAGACCAGAAGACAAACCUGCCAGAGCAGCUUCAGACGCUGCUCAACACUUUAUGCCCUCUGCUGCUCUUUAAGGCCAGGCCUCUGCAGAUCACUGUCUACCACUUGUUAGAAAAGGUGAUGCCUUAUCUGCCCGAGUGUGAUGGUGAAGGAGACAACAACAAGUCUGAUGAUGAUCGAGAUGAGCCAUGUCUUUCCCCCCCAGCAUCUCUAAUGGCCGUCCUGACGACCUGUGAGGAACUGUGCGAUAGCAUCUUGGCCGGGGUUCAAGUGGGCGAGUUUGCGGUUGUGCAGCCUCUCGGUGUGGAGUACUCCUGCAUCCUGGGAUACCUCCUGGCCUGGAAGCUGCUCCUCACUUUUUUCAAAUCUUCACCAUCCCAUCUGCGAGCCCACUAUGCCCAGUAUCUUAAGAGAAGCUGCUCCCUCAACAAGCUGCUCCUUCACCUAUUUAAAAUGAUGCCUGAGAACCCCAUCUACCCCGGCCAGGGGGCGGAGUCAAAGGAGACCAAAACCUUCUUCACAGAGAGCCAGUCUCUAUCUGUGGACAACAGUGACGGUGUCGAGUGGGAGCUCCCUCACCUGGCCUGCAGCGUGUACUACAGCACGGUGCAGGACCUGCCGGCCAUGGUGCGGCUGUGGUGGAACGGCCAGGAGAAGAGAGUGAGCACCACUGCGGAGAAGUUCACUAUUAAAUACGUCAGCCCUGUCCUCUCGGCCCAGGAGAUCUCGUCUGUCCACUCCAGCACUCAGAUGUUCGAGAGCAUGACUGUGAAGGCCCGCUCUGCAGCGCGGGAGGUGAUUGCUACCUAUUCUGUGGAUGACAUCUUCAUUGAGUUGGUGAUUCAGCUUCCACAGAACUACCCUCUGGGCUCUAUCACUGUGGAGAGUGGGAGGCGUGUGGGAGUCGCCGUGCAGCAGUGGAGGAACUGGAUGCUGCAGCUGAGCACCUACCUCACACACCAGAAUGGCAGCAUAAUGGAGGGCCUGGCGCUGUGGAAGAACAACGUGGAUAAGCGCUUCGAGGGAAUAGAGGAUUGUAUGAUCUGCUUCUCUGUGAUCCACGGCUCCAACUACUCCCUGCCCAAGAAGGGCUGCCGCACCUGCAAGAAGAAGUUCCACUCGGCGUGUUUGUACAAAUGGUUCACCUCCAGCAACAAGUCCACCUGUCCUCUGUGCAGAGAAACCUUCUUCUAACCGCAGCUCUAAAGGUUUAAAUUAAACAGCAGUUCAAUCUAGUGAUGAUGAAAUAUCUAUGACUUUAGUGUCCAUAUUCAGUAGCUGCAGUUGUUAAGCUGUCAACUGUUUGUUUAUUCCACUGCUGUGCUGUAUACGUGAAGCAUCAGUAGCUCGCUCAGAUGUUUUUCAGUUAAUAAUGAGAUUUUAUCUUUUUGCCGAUUUCAUUUUUCAUCGUUCCGAACAGUGUUUGUAGGAGAGGCUAAAUCACUAAGUUGGAAACAAACCAAAGCUGGCCAGGUGCUGCAGUCGUAGAGAAACACAUGUCCUAAUAAGUCAUUUUUAAAACUAGAAAAAAAACAUGAUGUAAAUAUUGCAAGGCCAAGGACAGGUUUCACAUGUUUUUUUCCUAAUAUUUAGGAGUUUAAAGAAAUUAUGUCUGAUUAGUGACAUGCCUUAUAUACCAUUAUGACAUUGUGACAUCACCUACGAUAAUCAAGACGGGGAGCUUUCUUAUUUAAAAUGUCCAUGCUCACACAUUCAAUGUCUUCCCCUGGGCCUGUGUACAUCUGUACACGAUGCUGGAAAGGAAAUAAAAACAUCUAUGGAUACUA